UGUAUUCAAUAUGUUUUCAGUGGCAUAAGUAGUUUCACGGUAACUUAUACAAAAAACUUGUUAAAAAAUGAUUAAAAUAAAAAUGAUACUAUCAUAAAAACAAAAAAAAACUUAACAAAAAACUUAAAAAAAAGUAAUAUAUUAAGAAAAAUAAGUAAAAAUAAAGCUUAAUAACCAUUUAGAAAAUCGUUACCUAAAGCUGUAUAUUAGUUAAUAAUAAUGCGUGCUUGGUUUUAUUUCUCCGUACUUUUUAAUCCAAUAAAGUUUUCCAAUAAAAUGUAAAUAAAAAAACUUUUAAGUGACUUUUUGUAAAGUUUCGGAAAUAUGUGUAUAUGUUUCAUAAAAUAUAAAAAUGUAAUAAUAUGUCAAUAAAUGUUAGAUUUUUUAGAGACAAAAAUUUAUAUUGUGCGCGGAGAAAAAAAUUGGAAAAAGAAAAAUUUUAAUAUUGACAGAAAAUUUACAGUCAAAGAACUGAAAUAUAAGAAUCUAUAAAAUAUGGCUAGUGUAAUUCUUAUAGCUUGUCUUGCUAUAUUGGGUCUUAUCAUAGCAAUUUCUCUUUUUCUGGCUGGAGGAUAUUUGUGGUGGCGGCACAAAAGAUCUCAGUUGCAAUUUAUUGAGCCUAAUGAAGACGAGGAGUCAAGUAGUUACAGUCUUAGAGCUGCACAGGAUAUUGUUGACUCCGGUAAUCCACCAAAUAAACCACAAACUCCGGUGACUCCUGCUACUACAAAUCCGCUACAAAACAACAUAAACAAAAAGUUAAAUGGUUUUUUAAACCUCAGAACACCUUUAAUUGGGGGCUCGUCGGCGCAUCCCUUAAAACAACAAAAUAUUUCUUCUGCUGGAAAUUUGAGUGAUAGCACUACGAAGGAUGCCACAAACAAGAGUAUCUCCUUGACGGAUAUGUAUCUUGACAGUACGGAUUCAAGUGAAAAUGUUGGACAAAUUCAUUUUUCUUUGGAAUAUGAUUUUCAAAAUACAACUUUAAUAUUAAAAGUUCUACAAGGAAAAGAACUUCCAGCAAAAGAUUUGAGUGGAACUUCCGAUCCGUACGUUCGAGUCACUUUACUGCCAGAUAAAAAGCAUAGAUUGGAAACUAAAAUUAAAAGAAGAACACUAAAUCCACGGUGGAAUGAAACAUUUUAUUUCGAAGGAUUUCCCAUACAAAAACUUCAAUCUCGUGUUUUGCAUCUGCAUGUUUUUGACUACGAUCGAUUCUCAAGAGAUGACUCCAUAGGAGAAGUGUUUUUACCUCUAUGCCAGGUCGAUUUUGCUGGCAAACAGUCAUUUUGGAAAGCCCUAAAGCCCCCUGCAAAAGAUAAAUGCGGAGAGCUUCUUUCAUCACUUUGUUAUCAUCCUUCUAAUUCUAUUUUGACUCUUACAUUGAUUAAAGCCAGGAACCUCAAGGCUAAGGAUAUCAAUGGAAAGUCUGAUCCGUACGUAAAAGUGUGGCUUCAAUUCGGAGACAAAAAGGUGGAAAAGAGAAAAACGCCUAUAUUCACAUGUACAUUAAAUCCAGUGUUUAAUGAAUCAUUUAGUUUUAACGUUCCAUGGGAAAAAAUAAGAGAAUGCUCUUUAGAUGUUAUGGUAAUGGAUUUCGACAACAUUGGUAGAAAUGAAUUAAUAGGUCGAAUCUUGUUAGCUGGUAAAAAUGGAUCUGGAGCAUCAGAAACGAAACACUGGCAGGAUAUGAUCUCGAAACCUAGACAAACUGUAGUACAAUGGCAUCGCCUAAAACCUGAAUAAAUUUAAUUGGCGUACAACUAAAUUCAUAAAAAUCUCGUCUAAACAUUUAUUGUAAAGAGAAAUUGUAUUUAUAUGUAUUGAUUUAUACCUGGAUACAAAGCAUUUUAUUAUAAAGCAUUCUAAAUGAAACUUGCACAAAAUAAAAUGAAUAAGUAAACCUAAACUAAUUGGGAUAAAUUUUAAUAGAUAAAACGGUUCUGAUUAGAGCAAAUGUUUUAUAUGGAAUUAUACUUAGAGUAUUAUUUAGUAAGGCGUUUAGAUUCUUUGGAUUGUAUUAAAAAUAAUUGUUGCAAAGAAUUACGUGGGAAUUGUUAUAAACAGCUUGAAUAGCUUUGUUAAUAAAAAUUAACAAAUUUCUUUCAAAAGUGGCCAUAAAAAAUAAAAUUUUUUAAGCCCAAAUACUAUAGUUUUAAAAUAAAAAUGACCAUUCUUGAUUAAAGUGGAUUAUAUGAACUGAAGUUAAUUAACAUAAAAUUUAAAUAAUGUCUCAAAACUUGAUAUUUGUUGCCGAAUUGAUAAAAAAAAAUAAAUUUGUAAAAUUAGAAACUGUAUAUAAUGGUUGCAUUGUUGACAUUAUUAGAAAAAACGUUAACCUAAAAUUCGUUAAAGCUAUUAAAUUUACCUGUAGUUUAUUAUACAGAAAAAAAUAAUUUAAUAUGAACAAUGAAUAAAAAACCAUUAAACAUUAUGAAAACUCAUUUUCGUAUCAUACAGCAUUAGAACUAUUUCAUAAAAAUCAAAAUAUUUCACUACCACAUUAAACAUUUUAACAGUAACUAUGAAAAAUUAGCCAACCAUUGCCGGAAUAAUCGUUAAAUACGAAAAAGUGGGAAAAUAUAAAAACAAAAGUGGGAAAUAAAAGAAAAUCAAUAUUUGAAGACAGAAUAAAUAUAUUUAUAUAAUUAAUACAUGGAAACUGAGUUUAAAAAACAAAAAUUGAAAAUACAGCCCACCUUGAUAUUACAUAUUUGUUAUAUACCUGUUAAAAUAUUAAUAAAAUAAUUUAUUGACAUUCGUAGCAGCAAAUAAAAUAUUUUAAAAAGA